GCACAUUGCUGGGAGGGUGGGCUUGCAAGGUUCUUGUUCUCUUCUCGGCUUGUUUGUGUUGAACAGUAGUUGAAUGUUUGGAGGUGAGUGACGAUAUAGAGUGGUGGUGACAUUAACGUCAAGUAUCCUGAGAUUUGUCAAUGAUAAUCCAAGACGACAGUUCGACAGUUGAUUAGCUAGUUAUACGUAGUGAUGGAAGACAAGAUGGAAGCACAGGUGCCGGCUGUGGCUGCAGAUGAGCAGACAGAUAGUCCAACUGUUGAUAUACCAUCACAAUCACCUUCUGUCCCGAUAUCAGACACACCGAAUUCAAGUGUGAAGAAGCCAAGAUCAAGACCUGAUUCUGAAUCUUCAACACCAAAUACAAAUAAAAUUGCCAAAAUGAGUCCUCGUGCUACUAGAUCAAGCCAGAAUCCAGACUUUGCUGCUAAACAACGAAAAUUUCUGAAUCGAGUGCAUGAUCCUAUCAGAAGAGAUAAUAGUGAUAGUGAAAACUCUCAAGAAGUAAUAACAACCCCUAAUAAUUCUAAAAAUGUGAAAGAGAACAAGCCAAAAUCUGGAGAUCGAAAGAGUAUUGUUGAUUUAAAGAGGAAAUUUGAGAAAGAAUCACCUCAUCCACACAAAAAAUCUGGAGAAGUUGAUGAGGAAGGCUCAUCUAAGAAAAGGAGAACCAAAGAGCCGACCAAAGUUGUAGGAGGAGUAGACAGCUAUUGCUGGCGCUGCCACCGUGAUGGCUCAGUGAUACCUUGUGAGAUCUGCCCCCGAGUCUACCACCUCAGAUGCAUGCAAAUGGAUACAGCUCCACCCAAAGGCUGGAUGUGUCCGGAGUGUAGCACAGUCACUCAGGCUGAGAACACAGAUACCAGGUCAAGAGCCAUGCGAAUGUUGAGUCUGGACCAGUUGUGCAACUUGCUGCGGUACGCUCUCACCAGGAUGCAGAAUUAUGAAGGGUCAGAUGAUUUUGCCAAACCAGUGGAUGUAGCAGCGUUCCCGUACUAUCGAGAUUUCAUUGUGAAGCCUAUGGAUCUGACACAACUCAGACAGAACAUAAGGGCCAAGAUGUAUGGAAGCACAGAGGCGUUCUUGGCUGAUGCUAAAUGGAUAGUACACAACAGUAUUAUUUUUAAUUCAGUACAGUCCAAGUUCACCAACACAGCUCGAGCCCUGCUGAAGAUCUGUAAACAAGAGAUGCAGGAGAUUGAAAACUGCCCAGAUUGCUACCAGAACGCCCACACUCGUUCUUCUGACUCCUGGUUCAUCGAAGCUUGUCGGCGGCCACACGUUCUUGUCUGGGCUAAACUGAAGGGAUUUCCGUUUUGGCCAGCCAAAGCUAUGACAGUCAACAAUGAGAAUAUGGUUGAUGUUCGCUUCUUCGGUGCCCAUGACAGGGCUUGGGUGCCUGUCAGCUCGUGCUUCUUGUACAGUAAGCUCUCGCCAACUCCUGCGUCCAACAAGAGCAGACGUAACCUAGAAGAGUGUCUGCAGGAAUUGGAGCACCAUAUCAAGAAAUUAAGAGACAAGUUUGGUCGCUUUGAAUAUCCCCCGUACAAGACCCCUUAUGAUCCGAAGAACGAGGAUGCUCAACUUGCAAUGUUUCUACCGAUGUAUGAAGUGAAAGUGCCUGGCAAACGAAUGAUGCGUAUCUCUUUGCAUCACGAUGGUGCUAGAAAGUCUCUUCUGCAGCAGAAACCAUCAACAUCUUCAGAAGGGAAGAAGGUCACACAAGAUGUCUCAACUGAAGCAGAUUCACUUGAAAGUGUACAGUCUUCUUCAUCAAACAAACAGGCCACUAAAGACUCACAAGUAAAUGGUUCUAAUAUUCCAAUGGUUGUCUUCCCAUUUAAAUCUGUUGAUGAUAAAGAGACUUCAGAGUCAGAAAAUACUAUGUCUGUAAAUGAGACAGAGAAUGGAAGUGCUAGCAAAAAGCCAAAGACCUCUCAGACAAUCAAGAAAACAUACAAAGUACCUCUCACUGCUGCUGCUAAGAAAUGCUUUGCAACCGAGGAGAAAUCAUGUAUCAAGUGUUACACCAAAGUUACCCUGGAGUGGAGUAUUGACAGUGGUGGAAAGUCCCUCUGUAGUUCUUGUACUUUGUCUCCAAACAAAACUCUUCUCAAGAAAGAUUCCCAAAAAGACAAAUGCUGUGCCAGGUGCCAGGCUCAGACCACAGACAGCUGGCACCAGACAGAGGGUGGAGACUUAUUCUGUGCUUCUUGCUACAUCAAAGAGACUGAAAAACCAGAUAUUGAACACAAGACUUGCGCAGUGUGCCAUACGCACAUCGCCAUGUGCUGGACACACAACUCGGAUGGGAAAUCUAUCUGUAGCUCGUGUGGCUUUGUUCGUCAGCCUCUUAAAAAUGAUGCACAAGUCGAUGAUCCUUUUCAUGAAGAAGCAGCAACAAAUCAAGAAAAAGAAGAAACUGGGAAAGUCUUACACCAUGAAGAAACUAACGGCUCAGAAACUACAGAAGAUUGGACUGCUGGCAAUAAUUCUAUAUCAAGAUUAGAUCACAGCACAGCAAUGGAGGUUCCAACUGACGAUGGAGCUGGGGGAGAUAAAACAAGGAAGGAAGAUGAUAAUGUGACACAACACAGACCUGUAGCCAGUGGUGAUUCUACUAUGUUGGAUUUUGUUGCUGUUGAUUCUCCUCCUAAGUUUUUAAUACCUAAGUCAAGUGAAGCUCAUUCUCCAGAACCCUCAAAAAAACCUUCUAUUGUUGAUAGAUUACAAGAGAAAAUGUGGUUUGCAGUAGAGGAAGCCCUUAAAGGCAGUGGAGAUAAAAAUGCAAGUGUUGAAGAAAAUGUUAGAUCAGAAGAAAAUAAAUCAGAUGAAACUAAUGUAGAAAAGUCUAUAGAUGAACAAACUUUAGUCACAAAAGAUAUGCCUGCAGCUAAAGUGGUGUUGCAUGAUAUAAGUGAUAUUACAAAAUCUGUUGAUAAAACAGGAACAAAUGGAAACCAAAAUAAAAUGAGUAAAGAAACAGAAUUAGAAGCUCAGUCUUCCUCAGAAACUGGUAGUGAACCUGAUACUGAUGUGAGUAGUUCCAUUGAAUCUGACAGUUGUGUUAAUAAUGAAGAAGUUACUAAAAAGAAAAAACAAAACAAUAUAAAUAAUGUUGUUAGAACAUUACAAGAACGUAAAAAUAGUGUAGAGGAAAGCAAUGACCAAACCAACAAAAAUCCUAAUACCAAGGAACCAAAUACACUUAUGUUAGAUGAUUCUAGUGAUGAAAUUCCUGUCUUAAUUAUUGAUGAAGGAGAAGAUAAUCCUGAUGAUCACAACAAACCAUUUGGAAAGUCAGAUAAAAGUAGGCGUAAAGGGAUACCAGCAAAGGUUUUUAGUAGAUCUAGUACAUCAACUGAAUCUUCUGAAACAUCGUCACCAGAUGAACACUCAAAAAAGUCAAAAAUUGUAACGGAAGUGCUCGAUGAAGUUAGUGGUCAGUUUAGGAGAUCUUCAGGUGAAUCAAAUGUAACAAUUACACUUGUUACCGAUGAAGCCACUCCUCAGAAGAAAAAGUCAAAAGAAAUACGUAGCGUCAACAUUUCCAAAAGCUUAAGCCUAAGUGUUGUAAAUGACACAUCUAGUAAUUUGGAAAUGGACUGUGUAGAAAGUGAUUUAGAUGAUCCAGUAGUUGUUGAUUCUACUGUAAAAAAAGUUAAUCCAAGACCAACAGCUAGAAAGACUCUUCCAAAUCCACCCAAACCCAUUGAAUUACCAAGUCAACAAGAAAAGGCUAGUUCAGACAAUCAAAUCAAAGAAACUGAACCAGACAUUGUGAAACUGCGACCAACCCAAACAUUGAUUGACCCUUCGACCCCACCUCCUCCUCUUAUUAAUCUCCAACAAGCUAAGGUGUAUGGACCACCCAAGAUACAGAAUGGUGGCACCCCUGCUGUCCCGAGACUUGUAUCUGUGAAGCCACCACCUAGGCAAGAUAUAGGUCCAGCCAAUGCUCAAAUUGAAGAAGCUAUUACUCAGAUGUCUAGCCAGUUGCGAACGUUACUGGAGGACAUGUUAAGAGGAGUGUCAGAGGCAGGAGCCACAGAGGCUACUGUCAAAGCUUUACAAAUAGAACUUGAAAGACUACAGUGGCGCCACAGACAAGAGUUAGCAGAGCUGAAGCACAAUACUGAUCUAAUGGUGAUGGAGAUCCGAGCGAGUAUGGAAGCAGAGAAACAAAGGGCAUUGUUGGACUCCAAGCACAAGCACGAGAUGGAGAAAGAACAAGCAAUACAGGAGACAAAGCGUAAGCAGUGGUGUGCCUUCUGUCUCAAGGAAGCCCAACUGUAUUGUUGCUGGAACACAGCUUAUUGCAGCUACAACUGCCAGCAAUCUCACUGGCUGCCUCACAUGAAUUCUUGCCUGAACAAACAACACCAGGACAAUAAUGUUACAGAGCCGUCACCAAGGGGAGGGCUCACACGACCUGCCUACAACCUUCCUCCAGGACAAAGAAUUAGACAACAGCUGAUGCCUCCCCCUGCUAACCCACCCCAUUAUCAUCAACCCCAUCGCCCUAAUCAAAUGUACUCGUCUCCACGAUUCCAACAAAGGGCUUCAUGUAACCCUCAUCCAAUAGACACACUCUAUUCUGGCAACUAAAUGUUAAAAGAUAUUCAGCUUCACAGAACUGUAUUUGAUUACAUCUUCCAUUCCUCAUUUCGUUGUCACUUAUUAUUUUUAAUGUUCUCACUAAAGGAUCUAUACUAUGUACUGAGUCUGUACAAUUUGUAUAAUUUUUGUACCAUAAUUUUACGAAAAGUUUGUUCCUUUUUUUACUUGUUAGUUAAGUUAUUUAUUCACGGUUUAUGUUUUAAUUUGUUAAACAUUUUUACAAUCUAAGUUAAAACUGUUAUUAGUACUAUUUAGUCUGUAAGUGUUUUUAUUUAAAAUUAGUUUGUAUACCUUUAAAAAUGCUAUCUCAAGUGUGAGACCAACUAGAAUGGAUUGGGUGCCUGGACCUUAAUGGUCCAAAAAUUCAUGUGGUUCAAAUUGAUCUCAAGAAUUUGUAUUACUCUUAGAAACUGAUCAAUUUGUGAUGUCUACAUUUAACAUGGUUCCAGAAAAUAUUUAUAUUCCUAAUUUAAAUCAAUAUAUUUCACACACAAAUAACAUUGGCUAACAGGAGUAAUAGCAUCAGUAAUGAAUGUUUGGAGUAGUAGGUAGAUUAGGUACAAUAAGAGAGCCACUGAAAGAUUCAACAAGUAAAUGUAACAAGAGAAUUGACUAAACGGCAGAAGUGCUGUAUUUUUCCCAAGUACUACAUUUGUUCAUUUAAAUAUUCCAUUUUAUAUGUAAAUUAACUUUGUCUUUAAACCCUUUUAGGACCAGCAGACUAUUUAUAGCCCGAAAAGUAUGUUGUGUAAAAAGACAAUGCAGGCUAUACAAUGUUUGUACUAGGUUUGCUGUAAAAAGACAAUGCAGGCUAUACAAUGUUUGUACUAGGUUUGCUGUAAAAAGACAAUGCAGGCUAUACAAUGUUUGUACUAGGUUUGCUGUAAAAAGACAAUGCAGGCUAUACAAUGUUUGUACUAGGUUUGCUGUAAAAAGAGCAAGGUAUCUGUAACCUGCUUUUUUGUUUUAAUGUUUAUGAGUUUAAAAUAUUGUAAAAUCGUGUUUCUCUAUUCUAAUGUGUGUCCUACAAAUUUUCAACUAAUAUUUAAUUUGGUCAAAUGUUGGUAGAAUAAAUGAUCUAACAUCUCUCUUAUAUUGUGUAACACAUAUUAUAUUUAAUCCAUUUUAGCUGAUUUGAAAUUUUAUUCCACUAUAAAAUAACUUUUUGUAUCCUUAUUUUCCAACCAAUCUAUAUAAAUUUUGUACUAUGAUACAAAAUAAAAUGAAUAACUGGAAAAUAAAUGUUUCCCUCAAUAUUUGAACUUAUUUUAGUUUCAGACGUCUUAACUGGAACCCUGCCCUAGAAUUGAAAUUUCUUAUAAUAAUACCUGUUUUCACAACGUAAUGUAAUAUGUAGUUUGUAAGUAAACAUGGCAUCCAUCCAGCUCUAGUUUUAAGCUCAAUUUGUGAUUUAAAAAUCAACCAAAAUUAAGCCAAUUUUCAUGUCUGUGAUACAGAGGGACUUAAGUUUGGUGGUGCAAAUAAUGGGUAUUUUGCAAAGUAUAUUUUUAAUAUAAUGAAAACUAAUCUAAUAUUUUGUCUUUGUUUCAUAGAAGUUGGACAAUAUUUUUCAUACAGUAUUGUAUCCAUUUUUAUUAACACAUUCUUAUGAUAUUGUAAGUGAUUUAUUCUGUCUGUUGUUCAACUGCACACUCUUGGUUAAUAUAUAGUUAUUAUAUUACCACAUUGUUUAUAAAUACUACAGUUAGUUCAGGGUUGGUAAUAGCUUGUAUUUUCGUCUAUACUCUAUUUUGUUUAGUAUAUAUUUUACUGGGAAGCAAUAUGCAAGGUUUAAUUUAGUUUUAUAGAGCAGCACAGAUGGCAGUAUCAUGUCAAUUAUUAUUUAUGUCCUGCGAUAAGAUGUAUUUUGUUUCACGAGUGAUUGGUUGUUAAGUAUCAUGGCAUCUCAUUCAAGACAUCAGCACCAUAAUAAAGGUACUUUUAUUUGAAUAUAAACAGUAUUAAGAACGAUUUUGUAAAAAUAAUAUAAUGUAGUGUAAUUUAUAUGUUUUGUUAGUAAGUUUUAUAAAAUUAAUAGCAUGUUAAAAUAUGAAGGAUUUUUAACAUUCAAAAUAAUUUUCACAUUACACUUCUUUGAUACUUUUGUUAAAUUUAAUAUUCAAAUUAAUAAAAAAAAACUAUUAUGAAAUAAUGUGUUUUCGUGUUUCCAAAAAGGUGUUUCCAAAUAUGAAUGAAAGAUUUGUAGUUAUAGUAGGUUUUAUUUUUUUUAUCUAAAUCAUAUAAGGUCCAAGUUUAACUUUUCCAAACUAUACACCUGGUAAUCCACGAAAUUUACUUAUUUUAAACUCAUUAUCAUUGUUUUUAUUCACAGUGUAUAGAAAAUGGUUUGAAAUAUGAAGUUAUUAAGCUGUCAGCCUGCUACUGAAAAUUAUCAGUAUAAUCUCGAAAUAUAUCUGUAGACAAAACUCUGGCAUGAUGCUUCCAUUUUAAAUACCAUUGGUAAUAUAAGGUUUAUGGAAAGAGUUUUAUAUAUUUUUUCAUUCAGCAAAAGUGGUUUUUUACUCACUGAAGCAUGUAAAGAAUUAAGAACAUAAACAAAUAUCGAGAAGCUAUAACAAAAAGAAAAAGAACCAACGCUAUGUUGAAUAUUGUAUUGUAUUGAGAGCUAUUUAAAAUUAUAUAUUCUUGAUAAAAAAUUCACGGCUUUAUAAUGCAAAUAUUCUUUUGACAGAGUUUUCUUCAAAACAGAAAAAAAUUACUCCCAAUAAACUGAAUGCUACUUGGAAAUCUAUUUAAGUAUUUUGGUGAAUUAUUCAUCAUUAUAGUAUUUUAUAUUCACCUAUUCAUAAGUAAUAAAUUUAUAAAAUGUGGAAAAGAUGUGCUGGUCUGAAACUAAUUUUUUACUGUUUUAUUACAGCAUUAAUACCUUGUAUAGAAAGCUAAAUACUAUGUGUGAACAGUUUAUUGUAAUAAGUUAUCACAUUCCACAAGUAGUUUAUAAUUUCAUUCCACAAGCCUUUAACUGAAUGAGUUGAAAAAACCUUCACUAGAUGUCAUACAACAGUGUACAAAUAUUAAUACGUCAGUAAUAGCCACAAAACUGUAAGUUUAGACACAUGUAUGGUACUUUACCUUCUCAACAGUUCAAAAAUUCACUUUUGUAGAAUUCUUAUUACAUGUUUCGGGGCGAAAGUCCCAUCGUCAGGUGUAUAAAAACAUGUUAAGUCAAAUGAGGUUGAAAAAAUGUAAAAACACAUAUUAAAACAUACAAUUCAAUACAUAAAACAUACUAAAUCAUUAUUUAAUGAAACACAAUAGACAAUAGGCUUUAUUAACAAUAUCAUCAAGACAUGUUACAGAGUC